AUAGUCGGUAAGGAGCACUUCACUUUUCUAUAUAGCCGUGCAAGGGACAAGGCGUUUUCGAAAAGAAAUAUCACCAGCGCCUGGGCUGCAACUGGUUUGUUUCCGCUCAACCGAGAUAGAGUUCUUAAGCAUACCCCGAAACCUCCUACUCAAGUGGUUAUGCCGGGACCGGAUGAGAUAAGGACGGAUUCUAGUCUAAUAGACGAAAUACCACAAACGCCUACAACACCAGUUUCAGCAGAGGCUUUUAUGUCGUUGCAUAGCAUGAUCCAACAAGACACUUCUAAUGAGACGUGCAUGACUCGGGUACAGAGGCGUGUACAGAAACUUGCCAAUGCCAGCCAGAAAGCUAUAGCAUACUGUGCCCUACUCGAACAUGAAAAGCAACUAUUAAAGAAAAUAAAUAACAAAGCCAAAGUUCGAAGAUCGACCCAGUCAACUAUACUUGGGAAAAGCCAGGGGAAAGUAAUAAGCUUUGAGGAUAUCGAAGCAGCACGAGCAGCGCGUGCUGCGAAGGAUAUCGUCAAAGGCAAGGGAAAACGUGGCCGGAAGCAACUAAAAACAAAGCCAAAACCCGAGCCAGAAAUGAUACAGGCUGCGAAAAAAGUCAAAAAGAACACCAGGAGACUUACUCCAAAGCGCACGAGUAUUACAAAGGCAGAUCUGCCAAAACCAACGCCAGAGGCAAAGCCAGUAAAACUGACUCAAGACAUCCCCCCAGUAACAUGGAGCGCACCGGUUGCGCGGAUGUAUUAG